GGUAGAGAGAGAAAAGAUUUGAUUUUGCGAAAGAGACCAAUACACAGCAAUACUAUAUUACAGAGGGAAGAAACACACACGCAGCACGCUGGUGACGAAGACAGACAAUUUUGCCUGAUUUUCAUUUCUUCUCUCCUCUGUAUAAAACAUUGGCCACAAAGGCAGAGCAAGCCUUUGUUCUACAACCAAGCCAAAAUAAAGAACCAAUCCAGUUUUGUCUCACUCUGACUCGGAAGAUGGCCAGGAGCGGCGUCGUUUCGUGGCGGAGGAGGUCGGAGAAGCUCGACGGGUUCGAUAUGUCGCCAAUGAACUCCGAAGAAGCUCACGUCCUCGCCGUCGAUGACAGCCUCGUCGACCGCAAGGUCAUUGAGCGCUUGCUUAGAAUUUCUUCUUGCAAAGUGACGGCUGUGGAUAGUGGAAGGAGAGCUCUGCAAUUCCUUGGCUUGGACGACGACAAGAGCUCCUCCGUCGGAUUCGAUGGCUUGAAGGUGGAUCUGAUUAUCACUGACUACUGUAUGCCUGGCAUGACCGGGUACGAAUUGCUCAAGAAAAUCAAGGAAUCUUCAGCUCUCAAAGAGAUUCCCGUUGUGAUUAUGUCAUCUGAGAACGUUUUGGCGCGCAUAGACAGGUGUUUGGAAGAAGGCGCAGAAGACUUCAUAGUGAAACCGGUGAAGUUAUCGGACGUGAAGAGGCUCAAGGACUACAUGACGAGAGAGGCCGGACUGGAAGGGAGUGGGAUGAAGAAGAGAAAGCUACGCGAGCCUUGUGAUCUGCCUUCCUCACCACCGUCCAUUCUACCAUCGUCACCCUCGUCCUCCUUAUCGUCACCGUCGAAAUCUCCGUCGCCUCCUCUGUCAUCGUCGUUCUCGGCUCCCUCGUCGCCGACGUCGCUUGAUUCCCCAAUCCGACGGCUCAAAAUGACCAACACUGAUUAGAUCAACCGAACCCGACGCAAUCACUUUUUAUUCAUCGGGGAAAAACUGCAAUUACCCGUUUAACCGGUUUUUGUUGAAUUACCUUCUCUUUUUUUGGUUUUGUUUUGGUUUGCCUUUGAUUUCUUUUGUUUGUUUAUAUAUGACUGUGAUUUACACAUUAAUACUACUGAUUAACUGAUUACUUUUCUAAAAUCUUCAAUUAAACAAUCAAUUCCAGUUCUUUGA